AUGUUCACUGAGCAGCCGCUGAAGGGUGCCAAGGCGUACUAUUUGCGUACUGUGCUGCAUGACUGGCCGGAUAAGCAGUCGCUGCUGGCGCUUGCCCGUGUUCGGGAGGCUAUGGCUGACGACUCGGUGCUGCUGAUUAAUGAGAAUACCUUGCCUGAGGUUGGCGCGUCGAGCUUCUCGGUGUCGUUGGAUAUUAACAUGAUGAAUAUUUUUGCUGCUUUGGAGCGGACUGAGAAGCAGUGGGUUGAUCUGCUGGAGCGGGCUGGCUUCAGGGUGGUCAAGAUUUGGCGCGCUGACUAUGAUGGUGUCGGAUCGAAUGCGUUGUUCGAGGCUGUCGCUUGUCAACUGUGGAAUUGA